AUGCCAACAAAAAUUCCUAAAGACGAAGAACAACGCCUAUUGGAAAAACUUGAGCAAGAAAUUCAGUUAUACGAAAGCAUGGAAACUGGCGGAAAAGAAAAUUCUGAAAUGUUUAUUCUCAACAAAUAUUCACCAACAUACCACCCAGUACUAGCACCACAACAACAACAAAAUCUAAAACGUACAAGAAAAACAUUGACCGUGUCUCCUGUUAUCAUCGAUGAUCAAAAAUCUCAACAACAAAUGCACAAAAUUCCCAAAAAACGUGGACCAAAAAAGAAACAAAUGACACCUGCUCGUGUGGCUAAGUUUAAAAUUCGCCGUUUAAAAGCCAAUGGUCGUGAACGUGAUCGAAUGAAAGGCUUGAACGAACAAUUAGAAAUACUACGAGAUACAAUACCGUGUUUUUCAUUAUCACAAAAAUUAUCGAAAAUAGAAACACUACGUUUAGCUAAAAAUUAUAUUGAGGCUCUAUCAGAAAUGGUUUCGAGUGGACAAAUAACGGACAAUGCACGAUUUGCUCAAUUAUUAUGUCGCGGUUUAUCGCAGAAUACAAUGAAUUUAGUUGCCGCUACUCUAUGUCUAAAUCCACGUUUAUUAAACUGUCAUCAAUCAUUUGACACCACUACUCCACAGGCGUAUAAUCCGUAUUAUCCAAUGAACGAUGAUUAUUAUCAUCAUCAUCAAAAUAAUAAUUCAACGUUAUACACAAAUGAUGAAGCGUACAUGGUGAGUUCACUUCAUCCAAAAGUGAGAAAUCCAUUGGAAUUUAUUAAUUUAAAAAAGAAUAAAACAUUGAUGAGCGAUUUAUCACCACAAAGUUCAGACAAAAAUAAUAGUGAUGAUGAACAAGAAGAAGAAGACGCUGGUAUUGGUAGUUCGAGUAGUCAAAUAUCAUCAUCGUAUGAUAAUACAAACAGUAGUGCUGAUGAUAUAAGUCCAAUAGCAACAAACAAAUUUAUUUCACAUUAUUCUUCUCCGUCAACAAUAGCUGCAUCAACAACUAUUUUCAAUACUCCACCAAUCAAUUCAACAUCUCAUGAAACAACAUUUCUCACAGACUAUUAUGAUUGUGCAAGCGAUCAUUUUAUGGUAAAAGACACAUCAAUGUAUCAUCAUCCGACAAGUAUGAAUAUGUGUUACGGUAUGACACAAUAUUAA